CGAAAAAAUGAACAAGACAAGCCUUAGCUUCAUGCUCAUAGAUCUUCUCAGUUGAAAGCAAGUCAUUGAUUUCUGCUUUAAGAUGGAUAUUUAUUCACUCAAUAUCCAUGAAAUUCAAGGUGGUUAUAAUUCCUGCACAGGGUACCAAAAAGAGGAUGGAUGGAACAAGAGGAAACAAGAUCAAUUAGGGUUUGAAAAUUGGGAAGAGAUCGAUUCUUUUUGCUCUAAAUAUGGUUUUUAUCAGGAGAAUAUAUCUGAGAAAACAGCAUACCUUUCCAGAUAUGAAGCUCCACCGCCUCUGCACGGACAGGAUCCCCAGCCACCACGGCUUUCCAAUACAUUGGGUAAUUACCAGGGCUCCACCAGUUUCCUGCCAAUUAUGGAAACAGCAAAGCCUGGGAAUAUCCAACAAGUCAGAGCUGCAACUCCUGUUGAAACCAAAAGGGAAGAGGAACCUUCCUCCUGUUUAGCAUCUUUCGAGCUUCUAAGCAAUUAUGCAAGUGGAUUCAAGAAGCCGAGGGGAGAAAAAGAUAGCAAUCGAGGUCACAACGUAAGCUUGGAUGGCAGGAAAUUAUCAACUGAAGAAAUCAUGAGGUUGGCUGGAGAAAGGUACAUAGAGUUCUCUAGCCAAAGGGUUGAUGAUCCGUUCAUGGUUAUGCACCCCUACAGUUCUGAUUUCUCAGGUCUUUCUGUAGAACAGACACGAGAUGUGGAGCUUGCCCACCUUCUCCUAGCUGCUGCUGAGAAAGUGGGCUACCAGCAAUUUGAACGCGCAAGCAGAUUGCUCGAUGGCUGUCACCGGUUAGCAUCAAACACAGGCAGUCCUGCCCAGAGAAUCGUUUUUUAUUUCACUGAAGCACUUCGAGAGAGGAUUAGUAGGGAAACUGGAAGCUUCAGGUCAAGGAGAAUGGAGAGAAAAGAAAAAUACAGUAUGCCUUGUCUGGCAAUGAGUUCUAACCCUGUGUUCUUGAAGUGCCACCAAGAACUUCCAUUUGCUCAGGCGACGGUAUUUGCAGGAAUACAGGCAAUAGUAGAAAACGUGGCACUGAAAACGAAGAUCCACCUGAUUGAUUUACAGAUCAGGAGUGGAGUACAAUGGGCAGUCCUGAUACAAGCCCUAGCAGAUAGGGUUUCGCGCCCAAUUGAGCAUCUAAAGAUAACUGCCCUAGGGACAAUAGACGGACAGAUGAUGGAGGAAACAGGCAGAACGCUAGGAGAGUUCGCCAGGUCCUUGAACUUGCCAUUCUCAUUCAAUGUAGUUCUCUUGUCAGACAUGAAAGACCUUAGCAAGGAGCAUUUAGAAAUAGAAGCUGGCGAGGCCGUGGUUGUUUAUUCCCAAAGCAUACUCCGAUCCAUGAUCUCACGGCCUGAUUGUCUGGAAUCUGUGAUGAGAGUGAUCAGAAGGCUCAAUCCUUGUAUAAUGGUAGUUGUUGAAGUAGAAGCCAAUCACAACUCGCCUUCCUUCUUCAACCGCUUCACCGAAGCGCUCUUCUUCUACAGCGCUUUGUUCGAUUGCCUGGAAGACUGCACAGACCGAGACAGUCAGUACAGAUUCAUACUGGAGGGAGUGUAUUUCGGUGAUGGAAUCAACAAUACCGUGGCUGCCGAAGGGGAGGAAAGGCUUAACAGGAACGUGAAGUUGAACGUGUGGCGAGCAUUCUUCGCGAGGUAUGGAAUGGUGGAGAUCGGACUCAGUGAGUCGGCUCUGUAUCAAGCUAAUCUGAUCAUCAAGCAGUUCGCCUGUGGAAAUUCGUGCACUCUAGACAGCGACGGGAAGUGCCUAAUUGUGGGCUGGAAGGGAACUCCGAUUCACUCGCUUUCCAUUUGGAAGUUCAACUGAUCAUCAAAGACCAGUAGUGAGAGCGUCCAUACUCCAUUUCUUAUCUGUGUGCCUAAGCGAAGCCGUGUAACUCGGAACAACAAUUAUGGUGUUUGAAUAUGCAACCUCAUCAUGAAUGAUUAGAAGCUUCAACUGAUUAUCUUGAGAUUAUAUGAGACUACUUCAAUUGGGAUUAGUAAAA